CAGCAAAUGAAUUUUGACUUGGCGGUUUAUUUUCACCUGCCAUUUCUCAAGUACGGACUGCCAUUGGCAGGCCGCUAUUUCGAGCCCUGCGGUACAGUGAGGUAAAGUAUAUUGCGAGACUUCAACAGGAAAGGUGUAUUUGUUCAGGGUAAUGAGUUUCGUGUCCUUACUGAGGAAGAGAUACAGGAACGAAAAACAUUGGAAAUGCAAAAACAACACGAAAGGCAAGCAAAGUUAAAUAAACGGAAAGAGAAAAAGAAGGAACAGCAAGGUAGGGAAAAUUUUACAUAUAUAGGUAUACUUGCGAUGUAUGCAAUGAAAAAAUCCUUUGACUGGCAGUAUACUUUACAUUUUUACAGUGACGAAAGUAGUCUUAAACGUGCUUUUAGAUAGUAUGACGAAUAUAAUUAUAAACCUCCGAGUACUGUAGUGUACAUUAAUAAUUGAAGGAUGCGUAGCUUGACUAGUUGCUGGAUGUGGCUAGCUUCACGCUGCAUUUUUGCUCUCAAUGUACUGACAAUGACCCUUUCGUUCACCAUGUUGUAGCAUGCAGUACUUCCACACCUACUACACUGCUAUAAAUUGCGUGCAUGUCACUGCCAAAUAGAAACCGCUAUUGAUUCCCUUUGACAGAAAAUGCUCAGAAAAUUGCUGAAGCUAAAAUGCAUCGUCGACUUGAGCGACAAGCUGCGAUUGAAGCUUCCAAACAGGCGAAAGUAAGAAAAGGUAAUGACAGAUGAGUUAAGAUGCUAUAUCACUAUUAAAGUGCACCUAACCUCAAUUCUUCUAACAUCUCAUUCCUAAGAACCUUUGAAAUGAUAUUGUAACUUAUUUUAAAGAUUUUCGUUUGCACACUUUGUCUCGGAGUUAUUUCAGUUUUAUUGAUAUGCAAAUGUCCGGAAUUUACGUCACAUAUGAAUAAUGACUGAUCACAACUCCAAACUUCAUUUUAAUGAAUUAAACUCGAUGGUGAAUACGAUAUACAAACUUUUACUUUAAAUCAUUAUGCAUUUGUGACGUGAAUUCCGGAUAUUUGCAUACCAAACAAACUCAAAUAUCUCGGAAACAAAGUGAGCAAAACGAAAAUCUUUAAAAUAAGUUAAUUAUAGUAAGAAACUGAACCAGGAGCAAAUCUACUGUAUUUCCUUCAGAGAAAAGAAAAAUCGUACCUUGUUAAUACUUGUACUUUCGGCAUAGAGGGACGUCUUCCUGCACUGGUUUCAAGUGAUUAACAUGUAAGAACAUCUGUAUCUCAUAAAUGAAUUGUUAAAAAGUAACAUAAAAUUUUUAAAUUAACUCUGCACUAGCUCAAGAGAGACUCCAGCAGAAACUUGAAAAACAAGAAAUGCUUCAGGCUGCGAAGCAAGCCAAGAAAGAAAGAGGUAAGAGAUUUUUACAGUAUAGAAGCGAACUCCUGUAGUUAACUUUUAACUAUACCAAUAGGUGAACUACUAGGUACUCGCCAGGUGAACUACUACAGUAGGUACUCAUUAGGUGAAAUAAACAUAGGAAAGUAAUAUCUCAAUUGUUGUAAAGAUAAAUAGUCUAGGCUAAGUAAGUAUCUGCUGCAUCGUAACGUGAAACCAAUGACCAUGCUCUUUGUUUUUAGCUCGUGUGGUAGCUGAACAGAAGAAAAAAUCCAAAGAGGAAGUACGACAAUUAAAACACUUGGUAAUGGUCUGAAACUAUCUUGUAUAGUUCAGAUGUAUUACUGAUGAACUUUCAGUCCAGAUAAAUGCUUUUCAUCUUGCGGGUUUGUUCUCUUUUUAGCAAAAACUACAGAAACUUGAAAAACAAAAAUUAGAAAAGGAAGUGAAGGCUCAACAGCUGAUGGAGGUAAAGUAUCAUGAUAUGGUACUUCAUACAGUUACAGUUCACUGUUUGGAAUGUAUGUUCCAUUGUCUUUUCAUUGUUUUGUUUGCUUGUUUGUUUGAUCUAUAUUUAAUCAGGAUAGCUACAUCAGUAAGAAUUACUGCUAUCAAUGUACUGUAGACACUGAACAUAAUAAUUAUUAAGUAUUACAACUAAUAAAUUCUAAUAAUAAAUUGAAAAACACCACUGUCGUAAACACCAACAUGCAAUACUCUCCGUGGUUUUGAGAAAGAAAUAUAGAUAAAAUAAUAAGUAUAGGGCAUGCUCGUGCUUACUAUAGAGAGGUGUGCAUCGUUGACCAUGCCACGCAAUCAUACAUUGUUUUGACAGAAAUGUGACGUUAAAGGCACAGUUCAGCCUGUUGAACGAUGGUUUUUAAGGCGCAUUUCAGCCCUGUUAAUUGAAAAAACUAACUAGGAAAAUGAAUUAAGCAUAAUUCAAAAUCAGUAAACUCGAUAUUUUUAACAAUAUGAAUGUUUUAAAAUGUUAAAAACAUUAAGAUUGGUGACCUUGAAUUAAGCUUGAUUGAUUUUCCUAGUUAGUUUUUUCAAUUAACAGGGCUGAAAUGCGCCUUAAAAACCAUCGUUCAACAGGCUGAACUGUGCCUUUAAGCCGAGGGGUUAUUUUCGUUAUUAGGGAGCUUAAGCAAGGAACUUUUUUUGUCAACACGGACGUCUGCCGAGGGGGGAUUGGAUUAAAAACUGUGUUUAUAUCAGUUUGUGGUAAUCUUCAACACAUAUGACAAAACAUAACAUUUUUAAAGUUUUUUACUUCCUUGCACAAGCGCUAUGAUGCAAAAUGCCGUCAAAAUUAGUUAUGUCAAUUUUCAGAUGACGUGCGUGUUGACAAAAACGUCGCUUGCUUAAGCUACGUUUACACGCUGCGAUUAAUCGUGUACGAUUCGUUUUCUGGCGUAUGUCAUCGAGUAAACACGCAUAAGCUGGCUACAUUUGAAAUCUCUUUUUAACGAAACGGCAGUGAACUGUAAUAACACUGGAACGCUAACUGCAGGUAAACAUGCCCAUACUUGCCCGAAGCCAAGAUGGCGCUUCUCGCAAGCUCAGCGAGCAAUAAAUUAACUUUCAAAAGGACUGGGGAGAGUUUCGAGGAGCGGGAAAUUCAGUCAAAAGUUUGUUUUUGAGCGAAAAUCAGCAAGAAAAAGCACUUUUAUCGAAAGUCUUCAACUUUAAAGAUUCAAACCUGGUUUCCUGGAUAGUUCUAAGUGUUUUACAUCCACUAACAGCAAAAACUUCCUGGGUAACAGCUUGAUAUUCAAAAUAUUACACAGUUUGAACGUGCCGAAAAAAACUUCGCACUUUGACUCCUGAAAAAAGAACUUUAUAACUGCUCUACGUUCUGGAAACAUGUUUUGUAUUAAAUUUCAGGUAUUGUUGAAAGUUUUUAGCUUUUUUCCUUGUUGAAAUACAGCUAUUUAGUGGUCGAAAACAGACAUCUUUUAGGCGGCGUAUUUUCCACUCCAUACCUACAUGGCGGCCAUCAUGAGUGGCUUCAAAGAUGGCGGCCAAGUUAUCGUUCCAGUUCUCUUAGAGUUCACUGCGAAACGGCAAUGAAUUAUGGCGCCAGCACUCAUUUUAAUACGCCAGAAUACGAAUCGUACACGAUUAAUCGUAGCGUGUAAACGUAGUUUUAAGCUCACUCGUAUAAGAUGCUGUCUUCUUUUGUGUUUUGCUUAUGAAUUAUUUAAUUUUUCUGAGAAAACUGAAUUACUUUCUAGGCGAGAAAAAAGAAGAAAGAAGAUGUAGCGAAUGCCAAAUACCAUGAAGCCAUGAGGAAAGCUAAGGUAUUGUUGUUUUUACUAGCUGGAGAGUGCAUGUAAAUAUUAUUUUUACAUCAUAAGCAGGAGAUGUAAACGCUGGCAGGGCCGUAAGUAGGAUUUUUCACCAGGGGGCAGUAACACCUUCAUACCCUACGGCCCUGGACGCUGGCUACUGUAUAUACAUGUAUUUUCUGCUCCUUACUCCCUUUAUCAACUAAAUGUGAUUUUAAUUUUCAUUACCUGUUGUUUUGUCUGAUCCGAGUUGGGUCUUUACCAAAUUAUUGAUGAAUUUGAAAAGUAUGAAAUCAAAUAUUUCUUCUUUGUUCUAGGAAAGAGAAUUAAAGAGACAACAAGCUGUACUUCUCAAAGCUCAGGUAAUGAGAUAAACAUAUGUUGUAUUCUAUAGUGCAGCUCAUGGCAAUGGGUAGGGUGCGGAUUAUUCGUGGGAGGUAUAAUACAUUGGCUCUGCAACUGCUGUCCACAACAGUAUUUAUUGACUUUUUUAAAAACACAUUUCAUUAGAAUGAACUCUAUGAAAUUGCAGGAAAAAGAACGUCUUAAAGAAGAGAAAAGAAGAGCGAAGAAAUUGGUCAAAGAACGCAAGUUGGUUAGUAAUUUAAAAAACGCAGGUUUAGCUGCUACUUCACUUUAGUAUAUACUAUAUCAAUUGCAGUGGCGAUUAAUACACCAUGUUCUUUCUUGUAUUAGGAACAAAAACGUAGAGAAAUGAUUUUAUCUCGUGAGCUUAAGAAACCUGUUGAAGACAUGGUAUUGAGGGACGCUAAGGUAAGGCUCACGUAGACAAGCAGUAUAUUUUAUUUUCGCACAGACGUUUGUUGGCGUCUCACUCGAUUGAAUAAUAGUUGAAUAAUAUUAUAAAUGGAAAUUAUCGAGUGGAAAUUUAUACACGUUUAUUAGACCUAACCAGGAACAGCUGCGAAAAAUGCAACUUUAUGUCCCUGGAAAGAGUCGAACGCGGCCCUGCGAUUCCGGUGCAGCGUUCUAAAUUAAGUACUCUAAAUUUCCCUAAGAGCUCUAUAUAAUAAAUAUAUAGCUCUAUAUGAUAAAUUUCAAUCUCGACUUAUAAAACGCUUUUGGAAUUUUUGAACAAUGAGUAAAUUAUAUGGCAUUCCAGUAUAUAAGAUGACAAAAAUUUCCUGCAAGGUGUAAGAAUAUUUCCUGCCAAGAUGUUUGUUAAAAAUUCAUAUAUUGCCGAUUUCUACCAUGUUGUUUGUGAGUGUAUAUCCACACCGGACAAGCUUGAAAAAUAUGCCUGGCCACGGUGGGAAUCGUACCUACGACCUUUGGAAUGCAUGUGUUAUAGUACGUACAGUAUACGUAUAUGUAACCAGCCUACGUCUUUUAUUUUCAGCCUUUGCCAGAACUGACAAGAGUAAAGGAUCUUAAGAUCUCCGGAAGUGCUUUUGCUGAUCUUUGUAUGGUCCAGGAAUUUCUCCACAACUUUGGUACAGCGCUGGAUAUUGGUAAGAUUAUAGGGGGAAAACCUGCCGUGGUUCCUGUCUGAACUACUGUGCCUGAAAAAUGUUAAAACGAUUUUGAUGUUUCGAGAGCUUAACUGCUAACCUUCAGACGAAGAAACUCACGACCGAAUAUUGCACAGAAAUGAACAUUCUACGCUUGUUCAGUUAAGAUGCUCCACCUCAUCUUAGCUCUUAAUAGGUUCUUAUCAUGGCCUGUUGGUACCAUAUUACCUACACACCCUCCCCCAUAAGUUGAAAUAUCAUCAUAGAAGAAGUAUAUUUAAACAGAAAAAAUCAAAAUUAGAAUUUUCUGUUCAAGCAACCCUAAGUUGUCCUUAGAAAUCCUUACAUCACGUCACUGUCAAACAAUGAAUAUUUGACCCACAUAUAUCCCUCAUUGCAUUGCGUAUACCUAAUGUUUUGAUGGAUUGAAAAUUGCGUGACGUAAGCACUUCUAAGGUCUAUUUAUCGGACAGCCUGUAUGAGUUUUGUUUCAUUUGUGUGAUGUAAUAAAUAAGCCUGUAUUUGCAAUAGCAGAGACAUUUUGAAAGGCGUACACAACGAAAAAGUGAGACAUACUAUACUGUAUAAAAUAGAAACAGAAAACUUGACGGAAGGUAUUUUACCGAUUGUGUUGUCUAGAUUUUGACAAUGAAGUACCAAGUAUGGCAGACAUGCAAGGGUCAUUACUGAAUGAAAAUGAUGAAGAUGUAAUCACGCCAUUAUGUCAAACUAUGUUGUUGGCUGCUCUGGAUGAUCCUGGAGUCGAGGGACCAUGUGUAAGUAGAAAUAGCUAUGAAUUUGUGCAUCUAUAACAACUAUAAGUCAUUUGUGUUGUUAUACUGAAUGUAUGUACUGCAUUUAAAUAUUUGUUUUCAUGAACAACGCAAAUAAAGUAACUUGUUUACUAUGUAAAUGUUUUACUACGUUUACACUUUCUGCUUAAAUGUGUAGGCUGAAACAGCACUUGGUGUAAAACUCGAUCAAGUUGAAGUAAACGAAAGUAAUGUAUCUGAGAUCUUGAGAUUGUUCAUUAUUGCUCGAAAUGCUGAACCAAAUGAGGUACUUGUAUACAGUAAAUACAUUUUUUCGUUCAAAUAUUGUUUGGUAAUUAAAACGACCUUCUGACAAGGUUAAGUUACCAAUAAGUUACCGACAUAAGUAAAUUCCUCUUCCCAUGUGAAGAUGAUCAAUGUCAAAUCCCCCAUGUAUGGGCGAAGGCAAUUGUCAGAUACACACGUGUGUGUUGCCUGUCCCUCGUGGGGUUAACAUUGGUAAGUGCAUUGGAGGGAUUCGGUAAGCGUUACGGGGAAGCAGAUGGUAGUAUGGUAGUUGGCUUCAGAACUGCAUGUUGACAUUGGAGAAAGCAAAUUACAUGUAAACUAUGUAUUUGUCGCCAAAUACAGGACUAUUUCAUAUAAUGAAAAGAAUUAACAUUUCUGACUCAAUUGAGGAUUCCCCUUAUUACGUUUUCGUAGCGCUUUGCAUUGUGGUUAUAGUGGUAUCACUGAUAAGGAUAGCGGCCUCGAAUAAAAAUAUUGAAUGUUUUCGCGAAUAUUUUGCUGUUGGCCAUCGCGCACCUGACCCUAGCUUUUUUUAAAAGUUCUUCCACGGGUCAGGACCGGAUAAGCCAUCUUGAAUAUCAGUGAUACCACUAUAACCACAAUGCAAAGCGCUACGAAAACGUAAUAAGGGGAAUCUAGUAUUGAUCACACUAUCUGCAGAACGAAGGUUCUAAGUGAACCCACGCACUCUGCAUGUCUUGUCUCAGUUGUAUCCCGUCUUUAAUUAACUGUAGUGCUAUUUCUCUUUACAGAUUUCAGAUUCUUUAACGGAUAAACCUUUCACAGCGUUGAGUCCUUCUCAGAAAGCUGGGUCGUUGGCGUUUAUUUGCAAUGAGCUGUUAUGUGGAAGAACAAUAUGCAGGGAGAUUGAAAGUAAAAUCGAAUAUAUGUCUUCACUUCGACACAACAAGUGGAUUGCUGAAGGAAACCUAAGGAAGUAAGUGGAUACCAUAAAUCAUAACCAAUAGUAAUAACUAAUAACCAAUAGUACACAAUUCGUUUGGUACGUAUGCAAAUACAUACGUCUCGGAACUUUUUCACUGGUUAUUAAAAUCCCACCACUUCUCCGCAUCAUCUUAUUACGCACUUUAUAGAUUGUAAUUAACAGACGGCUAAGGACUAAUAGUAAUGUGCCCUGCUCGUGCUAGCCCCUGAUGCUUAGCAUCUCCAGUGUAGAAAUAAAAUAAAAUUAAAUUAGAGUAAAAUCAGAAUAGAAUUAGAUUGGGAUUGCAAUGGAAUUAAAAUGGAAUUAAAUGGAAUUAGAAUGGGAAUGGAAUUAAAAUGGAAUUAGAAUGGAUUGGAAUUAGAAUGGAAUCGAAAUGGGAUUAGAAUAGAAUUAGGAUGAAAUUGAAAUUUAGUUUAAAAAAGAAUGGGAUUAGAAUUAAAUGGAAUUAGAAUGGUAUUAGAAUAUUGGAAUGGACUGAGAUUGGAUUCGGAAUAGAAAUAGAAUAGAACUAUGUUGAGUGGAAUAGAGUACUAGAAAUGUUAUUUAUACUUAGAUUGAAAGCUCUACAGCAACAAAAGUUUCCAGAAAGCAAGAUUCCAAAUAAAACAACGGCAUCAGAAGAAAAGAAAAGCCCUGGAAAGAAAGCAAGCACUCAAGCCACUACAGCAACAACAACACCAAACGAGAAAGAACGAAAGAGGAAAGUGGUUGAAGAUGAGGGAAGUGAUGGCAGUGAUGAUGAUGAUGACGAUGAAGAUGAUGAUGACGAAGAAAUAGAGGAAGAUGAUGACGAAGAUGAUGAUGAAGCUGGAGAGGAAGACGAAGGGGGAGAUGAUGAUGAGGAUGAUUCUGAUGAUGAAUCUGGGGACGAGGUAUGUGCACUGAUCUAAAGAUUGUGACCACGGCAGAUGUGGUAAUAAAACCAGAACAUAACUUUCAGACUUAACCCAGAUUUCCUACGCUCAUUCUGCAAAGUCCAAGCCAGGAAAGUCCUUGAAAGUUAAUAGAGAUCCUUGAAAGUCCUGGAAUUUCCUCCAGCUGUGUUGAUACAAUAUCACUUGAAACAUGUUUUCGAUUCGAUUUAUUUGCCUCCACACACGAGACUAUUAUUCAUAUGUAUAAUGAAAAACAUUACUCAUUCUGAUCAAUUCGAGUUGGCUAUGUGAAAGGCUAGUGCGUAGUGAAACAAACUUAUGUGAUGUGCAAGCAUAAAUGAAAGAUGUUCGUAUUCAUCAUUUCGGGAGUCCGGACAUUGAAACACCACUUUCUGUAUAUGAAAACAGGAAAAGGUUAUUUAGCAUUUAUCACCAGUUAUUUUAACAUACUCUGUAGAUACUUUAAUAUUACAUUGGAAAUAUUGUCUAUGUUGUAGGAGAAAGCCGAACCAGAAACUUUAGAAGAGUUCGAAAAACGAAUAAAAAAGCUGGAAAAGGUAAGUACUGUAGAUGAUGAUGAUGGAGGGAGUGGGACGUAACGGACGAUUGAGGCAGGAUGCAUCGGUGGGAGGGGGGGGGGGAGGGUAUCGAAGUGUAGCGGUUCGGGAUCUUAGCUUCUAAACUUGUAAAAAUGGUUGCAUGCCUAGAUGUUUAAAGAUGAUCCCAAGAGUAAGUUCUAGUAGAUUUGGUAAGGGCAAAAAGUGGUGUGCUCCCUGUUGUAGGUGGAGACUGCCCCCACACCAACUUUACCACUUUUUACGUGUUAGUUAAUCUCGCAUCGCAUUCCCAACCAUGAGGUGUAGUACCAUUGAAGCCACAAUAAACAUCACUCUAUGUUUGUUCUUUUCAGAAACAAGUUCAGUUUCGCUCGAAGCUGUUCACAUCCUCUCACUCACUACGAGCCUUGUACUUGGGUCAAGACAGAUUUCGCCGCAUGUACUGGGUCCUGCCUUAUGGAGGAAGCUUGUACAUCGAAGGGAAUGAGAAUGGUGAAACAGGACUGGAGAAUUUCGAUAUGUCUAAACUAAGUGAAGAACAUUCUAACAUUGAUAGUAGG